AUGGGGCUGUACAGGACGUGCGGGGUGGCGGCACAUACCUGUGUGGCCACGGAAUGGCAACACGGCAUUGCCAGUCUCUUUAUCUGCGGAAGCUGGCCCGACCACAAAUAUAGACACAAGUACAACGUCAAGUACAACGUCAAGUACAACGUCAAGUACAACGUCAAGUACAACGUCAAGUACAACGUCAAGUACAACGUCAAGUACAACGUCAAGUACAAGCACAACCACCACAAAUACGUCCUCAGAUGGCACACUGUCCUCCUCGGUGCUCUUCAACGAGGGUCAAUCCAUCCCACCCUCCACUCUGUCCAAUUCUGUGAGCCGCAGCGCUGA